AUGAACUCUCCAGCCAACAACUCGACAUCUGAUGCCAGCCCCAGCACUCUGUCUGAGGCUAGUACUCCAGGCAAUGACGACCAAGCGAAAUGUAACCUCUGUCAGGAGGUAAUCUCGGACGAAGACCACCACUUCGACUGUUCUUACGGGCUCUACAUUCCAGACGAUAUACCAGAUAUGACAAUCUCUUUACCUACGAGCGAGGCUCCGCUAAUAAACUCUGGAGAAAGAUGCACUCGCCGCGGGACAAUGGUUCCGCCUGAUGCCAAUGCUCCCCGCUCCAAUCUACCAGAUAUUCCACAACUUCAAUUUGAAAGCAACAAUCCGGUCGAUAUCAGCGCCGCAGAUUAUCAAUACAAUAAUACCUUUCUCCCAGAUAGUAACAACCCCUUCAAUUAUUCUGGGUCAUUCCCCUCAUCAACAGCACUUCCAAAUCUUCAACUUGAAAACAACAAUCCAGUCCACAUCAGUGAAGCCCCCAACCACCUCAAUAGCACCUUCCUCUCAAAUGGCAACAACUCCUUCGACGAUCUCUAUUCAUUGCCACCAUCAACAGCAAUGCCAGAUAUUUCCAAUCUUCAACUCAAUAGUAACAAUGCAAUCGGAGCCGGCGUAAACAGGCAUCAAUCUCACGACACUACUUUCUCAAAUGACUACAACCAAUUCAAUCAUCCUUUCCAAUUCCCCUCAUCACCAGCACUACCAGAUAUCCAAAACCUCCAACUCGGAAGUCAUAACCCAGUGGUGAGAAACAGCGAGAAUAGUCGCCAAGUCUCCAAUGACAACUUCUCAAAUGGCAACGACAACUUCAUAAAUCCCAGUUGGCUCAACUUACCACAACAGCCCGGUACUCAGCUCCUCAAACCCCCCGCUGCUGCGUCUGGUAAGAACAAAGAGAGAAAAAAUAAAGAAUCAUCACCCACCACACCCACACCCACACCCACCACAGAAGAGAGUCCAUUCGAAUCCGAACCCGAAUUCAACUCCAACUCCAACUCCAACUCAGACUCAGACUCGGACUCUGAUUCUGAUUCAGACUCUUACUACCCCUCCGACACCCCCUCAAUAUUCUCCAUCCCCAAAGCACCACCACCACCACCACCAGCACCCAAGCAGAGAACGACGCAUCAACCCGAACCUGCGCCGCCGCCCAAAAAUAAACUGCCAUAUUUGCGGGAGGUCCUUCGCGUCCUUCGCGUCGAGAUCUUCGUUCUUGGAGCAUCGGAGGGUGCAUUGUAG